UGUCAAUUGAAUUACGUAGAUAUACAUUCUGCCCCACUGUCAGUAAUAUUGUCAGUUACAACUGUUACAACUGCAAAAGUGUCAGUCUCAGGCUUAGCUAAGGCUGAAUGGAGGAAGAUUCUGUACCCCAAAAACCUGCACCUGAGGCAACAGGCCAUUCAAAAAAUACAAGUAGGCCAAAUAUUAAAUUGAUAACACCAGAUGGAUCUCGGUUUGAAAUUAGUUCUGAGUGUGGAAAUCUGGGUACUAAUGUAAUGAUAGGGGCUUGUAAUGUUAUGAAUGUAGAACAUUUUUCAGAAACAAGAAAACGACGGAAAGCAAAGCAACCGUUAUCAGAAAACAAAGAAGAACCAGGUCGACAUCUGUUACAGAAAAUAGCAAGCAAAAUUAUAAUGGAAGAAGCUAUAAUGCUUGGAAGGGUUUUAAAUUUGUCAGAUGCAAAAAUUGAUGAGAUUAAAGUAGAUAACAGUACUUCUGGUGCAGCAGAGAUAAAAUACCAGAUUCUAGCUGAAUGGUGUAAAAAAGAUGAAAACCCAACAAUUGCUACUUUAGCAUUUGCCUUAAAUAAUAUUGAACGUGGAGACAUUUCAGACAGAUUGCCAAGAUAAUAUUGAUAAUUUGUAUUAGGCUAAGAGUUCACAUUAAAUAACAGAACACUAUAUAUGAUAUACUACUCCUCAGUUAGGAUGGCAAUGUUAAUUGUUGAAAUGUUAUGUACAAUUAAACUCAGGAGUAAUAUACUAUAUAAUUCUGUUAUUUGAUAAUUAAAAUUUGACAAAAUUUUCGUUCCAUUUGUUUGAUGACACCGCCAGCCAAUCAAAUUUAUUUCCUCUCAAGCAAUGGCAAUAUAUGACUCCAACAAAGGGUGUAACAAAAGGUGUAUUCUGGCAAGCAUUAGACUAGUUAAUCAAAUCCAUUGAGACUGAUGGUGUCGAAAGACGCUUUUGGUUAUUUUGAAAUAGCCCAGUAUAAUUCUAUUGGUUAAAGUAAAGGUCAUCAGGUUAUUUAUACAAAGAAACCAGAGCAGAGUCUCAAGACCCUUACUGGAGUUGCUAAUUAAAAAUAAAGACUAACAAAACACCGGAACGAAAGUUUGGUUUUAUUUUGAUAUUUUUUUAAUAUUUUUUUUAUCUGAAACUUGUUGACUUUUAAGGUACAAUCUCUUAUAGGUGAUUUAGGAUAAAAAGCAUAAUUUAAUAUCAUGUUCAGCAACUAUAAAAAAGGGAGGUAAUUUCAACCUUUACUGCCAUAAAUUUUGCAAUCACAAAGAUUGGUAUUUUUGUAUGUAACUUAGUAGAACCUACAUGCAGUUGAAUACAGUUGAAGAAAUUGAUCUGAAAUUGAAGAUAUCCAAGAUAUCAAUGUCAAGUUUUUCUGAUAGUGCUGAAAAUUAGAUUGUAUAUUCUUUUUGUUUUGUUUUGGGUGGGGAGGGGUCAAAUAUGCCAAGCAUAUGACAGUUGAAUUUAGAAAAUUGACUUUUAUUCCAUGCAUGUAUUUUUAAAAAAAAAUUAAAGUUAUCUUGAUGAAAUUUU